CGCGCGUCACUGCUCUGCAGCGCAGCCCGUAGGUCCUCCACCAGCUCGCGUAGGCUACUGUUUUCCUCCUCUAGAUGUGCCACCCGCUCGCCAUAGGCGCCACCGUGCAGGCUCGGUGAGCCAGGCCGGCGGCGGCGGCGCGGGCGGCGGAGGCGGAUCUGUGUCUCGAUGUGCUCGCUAAGAGCUCCGCGGGGCAGCCGGGGCCCCGCUCGGCUACUGAAAUAGCCGCAGAGGCGCGCGUGGAACUGGCGGAAGGUGAGCUCUGGAGGGUCGGCUCGCAGAGCCAGGCGCGCCUCUUCCCUGACGUCCGCGUCCCCGCCAGCGAUCAUCCCAGCAGCCGGGUUCGUGGAGGCCGCCUCCGCGGAGUUUGCGUCCUCCGUGGCCGUCUCCCCGUCAGCGUUCAGCCCCAGUACCGCGCAGAGCGCACGGAAGUCGGCGCGCGGUAGGCGGCCCGCUCCCCGGCAGUCCAAGUGGUGGAAAACCUCCUGCAGAUACUGAUCCAGACCGGUAGCCAGCACCACGAUCUCAUUCUCCACGCCGCGGUCCAGCCCGUAGUGGCCUUUCCGCUAUUGUCACCAGAGGCUGGAGCGCCUGCGCCUGCUGUUGUGUUCUGCAAUUCCCAGCCCUCGGCCGGCCGUUCUCUGCCUCUUCUCCAGACUGCUUCCUAAGCUCUCCCUCCCUCCUCGUAACUAGAACCGAGGAGGAAACAAACUUGGACGUGGAUGAAGUUAGAGUUUUGGUGAGAGGAAAGUGGUUGUCUACCGCGGCCACCUUUGGGCUCCAGGUGGUUGCUUGGCCUGAGCUCCUUCCGCUGGCUGGGAUGAGAAAUGUAGUAUUGACUCCGUCUGGCGCUUGCCAUGGGAACCUUACCCAGCCAUAUUGGAGCGAAGAGCAAACUCAGCGGCCCUUGACUAUUAGAUAAGCAGAUCUUGUUUUGUGUACAAAUCCCAGUUGAAAAGCAUUAUCAUUUUGUUUCCUCCAUUAUAGCACCCCCGACCAGCACUUUGUCCUUUGUUCCACACACUUCGGGAAGGAAUCAGACAUCCCAAGCAUUUUGGAUAUACAUGUGUACAUAUAUAUGUUAAUUAUAAAACCAAUGGCAAUUUAACGGAAUAAUGUACAAUACCAUACCUUGGCUUCUACCUUGGAAAACCACAUGCACAGCAUGUUCAUUGACCACAUUAUUGAUUAUAAUGGCUAGAAGCUGAUAUUCAGCAGGGGCCCAGGCAGGACAAAUCGUGGAACAGGGAUAAACGAGGAAACACGCUACAGCAGUUAUUGUGACUGUUAUGACUAAUGAAUGGUAUGUGAUAAUAACAACACUGCACAGAACAUUACUGGAUGCUUUCUACAAGGAUGCACAUAAGGAAUGGCAGCCACAGAACAUCUGGUUGCUGUUUCUGGUGAUGGUGAACCCUUUGCUAUCGGUGCACUGGCUCUUUUGCUGAAAUGGGAGAUUGCACUGUAAGAUGUACAGAUCAACAGUUUUUAGUAUGUUACAGUUAUCUGACCACAACUACAGUCUAGUACUUCAAUAUUUCUACUCCCUCCAUCCCCACCCUGCCCUCACCAUGUGCACCCCAAUACUGCUCAGUCUCUAACUUGUCCUUCUGCUAAGGGAAGCGACUACUUUAUGAAUCCAUAAUCUGCUUAUUCUAGAUAUUCAUAUGACUGGAAUCUAAUAGAAGGUGACCUUCUGGGGCUGCAGAGAUGGCUCAGUGGUUAAGAGCACUGGCUGCUCUUCCAGAGGACCUGGGUCCAAUUCUUGUCCCCUCAAGGUGGCUCACAACCAUCUGUAACUUCAGUCCCAGAGAAUCCAAUGCCCUCAUCUGCAUGCACAUGACACAUAGAUAAAUAGAAGCAAAACACCUAUACACAUAAGAUUAAAAGGGGGAAUUUAAGGUGGUCUCCUGUGUAAUUGUUAUUUGCGUGUUUGCUUGCAUUUUUUUUUUUGUAUUCCUAGAUCAUCUUUAUUUGAUUUUUUUGGGGGGGGGGAGAAAAAUGUAGGUAGUGUAAAACACUUUUUAUAUUAAAACAGGUGCUGAUAAUAUUGAAUAGAAUAUAAAAUUGACAUUACUUUUUCAAAGUACUUUUGACACCAAAGGCAUUUCUAGCCAAGCUACUCAUGAGCUUUAGGUUGUAACCCCGAGCAGGAAAGGACCACCAUGCUCACAUUACCUAACAUCACAGCCUUUGCUGCACUGAUGGAAAUCCAAAGGCAGCAAAUUCAAUACUUCCUUACUUGGCAAAGCACAAGUAAGCUACUGAAGUGACACCUUAUGCACGCGCUCUCUCUCUCUCUCUCCUUUAAAGAUUGGUAUGGGAUGAGGGCCCAUCCCACUGUUUGUGGAGUCACCCUGGCGCAGAUAAUCCUGUAUUAUAUAAGAAAUCAGACUGAUAGCCGGGCGUGGUGGUGGCACAUGCCUUUAAUCCCAGCACUCAGGAGGCAGAGGCAGGUGGAUUUCUGAGUUCAAGGCCAGCCUGGUCUACAGAGUGAGUUCCAGGACAGCCAGGGCUACACAGAGAAACCCUUUCUCUAAAAACAAAAGAAAAAAAAAAAAAAAAAAGAAAGCAGACUGAGCAAGCCAUGCAGUCAGUGAGCAUGGUUUCUCUGUGGCCUCUGCUUCAGUCCCUCCUUCAGUGCUGUAGUGUGGUCUGUAAGGUAAAUAGACCCAUUCUUCCCCAUUGCUUUCGGUACCACAGCAAUAGGAAGCAGCCUAAGACAGAUGCAUCCUGUGGUAGUUAGAUGUCUUCUUGAGGAAUGGCCCCUGACUUCCCCAUAGAGGCCUCUGCUUUCACUGACUCUGACAGCGCACUCCAUGUGUUCUCCAGGGUGUUGAGUGAUUCAGAGAUGCCCAACCUGCAUUUUCUUCACUGCAGUGCCUGGCACCAACCUCUUUCUUCAGGCCUGUACCAGUCAGCUGGUACCAUCACGGUAACAGGAGCUGCUGUAUCUCCAGGCUCCCCCUCCCCCACUCCCCCCUCAUGUAUUUUCAGCACAUCUUGGUACAUGGAGUGGACUCACUAGGAUGCUGGAGUGUGGACAAGUAUUCUGGAAUGUUCUCUCAUCUGAUGACCUCGAAAAGUACACACUGGGAAACUUGGGACUUGCUUCCAGUUUCAACUCUGCUGAAGUUCUGCUCUGAGACUAAAAGUCUGGUGCACCAAGGCAGAGCAGAAGCUGUGUGGUGAGAAUCUCAUUCUCGCCCACUCCUUCCCCACACCCCGUAGUGAGCUCCUAGUUCAAAAGUUCAUACUCCUCCCCCACCUCCGCCCCCUCCUGCCCUCCACCCCGGAAUAUCUAGAAGAAGCAGGUUCCCACCAGAGCCUACUGCCAGGAGCCGAACUGAGCUGGAGGAAGGAAGCCCCGCCCCCAGCCGAGAACUAGGUCUCCUGGCAACCGCCUAACAAAGUCCCUUUGGGACCCUGCUCUCUUAGCGCCUGCGCCUAGCUCCCCUGAUUCCAGUGGCUGUAACUGUGCAGCAGGUGCAGGAGCCAACCGGUGUGCCUACUCACAGGACCAUUCGAGUGCUGUGCACCAUGUCCCUGCAGGCCUGGGAUUGGGAGGGAGAGGAAGGGUCAAGCAUGGGGCCUCACUCCGUGGCCAGCGAAAGCGAGAUGGAGGAGAACCUGAAAUCCAGGAUCCCAGCCCAUGAUUGGGACUCUGAGGACCAGUUCAGCAGCAGCCUGCAUUCCUCAGAGGGACCUGCCUGCAUCUCUAACUCUGAUGUGCCCCAGAUUGUCCCCUGCAGAUUUGAGAUCUCACUGGCCUUCCCCGUGCUGAUAGGUAAUAAGGGAAAACCCCCAAAUGUACCUGAUAAAAAGAAAUCUGCUAAAACAGAAACCCGGACUGGAAAGGCUCGUCAAUUCUACCACAUUGAGUAUUUUUUCCUGCCUGAUGACAUAGAACCCAAAAUAGUUGAUAUCGUGGUGUUUCCUAAUGUAGCCAAAGUGUUUCUGGAGUCGGGAACAAAGACUGUAAAGCCAUGGAGAGAUGACGACAAAGUCUGGGUAUCAUGGAGCCAAACUUUUCAUGUCAACGUGACAAAGGAAUUGUUAAAGAAACUGAACUUCCACAAAAUCACUUUGAGGCUCUGGGACACCAAAGACAGAGUGUCAAAAAGGGCCAGGUACCAGCGGGUGAAAGCCUCAGCCUAUUCGGAAGACUUGGAGUCUCUUGAGGAAGUGAAACAUUUGGUUUUGAGUCAUAAAAAGUUGUCUUUAAUUUCCAUUGGUAAAACCAACCCUAUCUCCGAAGAAUUGAAAGAGGAGAACCUACCAGGUGACCAAGAAAAGUCAGAAAAACACUUGAAGUCUCCACAAGAGCCUGAAGCCCCUUCUAAGAAUGACGAAGAGUGUGAGAAGUUACUGAAGAUGGAGGAGUCUCCUUUGUCUAGACGGACCAUUUCAAAGACACCCAUUUCUCUGAGUGGAGCAACCAUGAUGGAGAUCAAAGAGCUCAUUGAGAAACCAUCGUUGAGCAGCUUAACAAACAUGCUGGAGAAACAAAAGUCUCAGCUUAAAGGGAAAGAUACAGAAGUGAAGAAGAAAAACCCAAAGAAAGUGAAGAGGUACCAGGCAGAAGAAGAAGGGGACCAGAAGCCGGAAACCCCUGCCGCCUGGAAGCAGAGCAUCUUCUCCAUCCAGUUACCCAUCAUGCCGCUCCUUGCCGGCUGGCGAACGGUCAUCUGCCGUGGCAGUGAGAAGUCGGCCAACAUUUUAGAUUGCUUUUUGACUUUAAAAACAGAAGUUCCUAUUAUGACUGAACAGCAAAAACAAGACCUGAACCCCCUGACCAUAAAGAUCAGGUGUGUCUCUUGUCUUCCGAUCCAGCCUGUAUCCAUUCAUGAUCUGGAGAGGCUGUGCAGCCCUGUGUACUGCAGAUACCAGUUCCACAAGACUCCAGUUCACGAGACCAAGAGAGAGCCCCAUGGGACUCAUGUAUUUUUUCGAGAUAUCAAUGUCGUCUUCCUUGGGGCCAUGAACCCUAGCGACGUGAGGGAAUACCUGGAGGGGCCCCCCAUGGUAGUUGAAGUCCAUGACAGGGAUCGGAAGUUAGAAGAGUAUUCCCGGAAGCCUGCCCUGUUUGGAGAGGACCUGAUGGAUUCAUACUUCAAUCUCCAGGCUUUCGUCUCUCACAGAGACACAGAGACGAACCCCUAUGAGUCGCAGAAUAAGAUUUGGGAUCCUUAUGGCAUUGCCCGGGUCAGUUUUGCUGACCUCCUCCUUGGUUAUAAGUACUUGAACCUGAUUGUCCCCAUCCACAACUGUGAGCCAAAGUCCCCCAACUGGAGCCAGGAUAGCAGGAACAGAAGGACUAUGGGAGUCCAAGUGCCCACAGAUGUCCUCCAGCACAGCUCAAUUCCCAAAGGCAACUACCUGGAGGCCAACUCUUUACUCAAGCUCCGAGUGGACAUUGCAGUGCCCCUGAGUGGUUGGUCCAGAGCUCCCCAGUUGGACCUAAUGGGUACCCAUUUUGGCCGCAUCAUUUUUGUGUUCCACGCCAAGAAACUGUCCCUCCUACAGAGCCUGCUGCAGGACAUCACUAUGAUCAAUGCUAAAGCCCUGGAACUGGACUGUUAUCCCCUCCAGAACAUCCAGCAAAUCCUGUCGGCCUUCAAGGUGCGCGUGAAGAUCCAAGAGCAGCAGGACCUGGAUGUGCUCACGGGCUUCCAUCUGCUGGAUGGAAAGAUCCAUCUUUUUAUUCUAGAAGGCUUGGCAGACCGUGGAUUGAGGCAGCUGUGGGAGAGUUACCAGAGCAGUGUUACUGCCUCCAACCGUGCAGCUUGCAAGGUGCUCUAUGACUCCAGGUUGCUCUUCUGCCACCGCCUGUACGCUGACCUGGAGACCAUCCUGUACCAUGUACAUUUGUUCAGGCCUGUGUCAGUGCUCCUGCGGUACCCUGCACUCUAUGUUCGUGGGGCUGUGUCACGUAUGGCCUUUAAGGCACUGUCCAGGAUCCAUGACAUCUGCCAAAGUAGUACCAGGCUCAAGGAGGUGGUUAUGAGAGAUCUGCUGCCUUCCUCCUCCAUGAUUAAAGAACUGAGCCAAGAGUUUGGGAUCCCCAUUUCUCAGGAAGAUCUCACAGAUGGAAAGCUAUUGACCGCAUUACCCCAGCCUGAUACCAGUAAUGAGGAUAUCCAACGUCGGACUUCUACUCUUCCACUGGAGAUACAAGUCCACCAGGAGAAGUACCUGCAGUGGCGGAACGACAUGCUGCUGAAGAACCAGGUCCACAGGGAUAGCAUUGUCCAGAAAAAUAUCACAGAAGCCUACCAGUUCACCAAGAAGUCUCAAAAGCCAAUAAGGAAAGUCAUUAGAAUUGCCAUUCCUGAGAACAAAACUGUCCACAACUACAGCGCCCAGACCAUGAAUUCCACAGAGCUUGCUAAGAAGCAGAUGCUUAAAGAGAUGGCCAAGGAGCCAAGAAAGAGAUUCACGUAUUCACAGAAUUACCUCUCAGCUAUGGUGGAUUUUCAGGACCCAAAGGAAGAGGAGAAGAAAGCCCAGAAGAAGUCCCGCCAGGCCUGGCUCACAGCCGGUGGGUUCCAAGUAUGGGGUCUUCAGAGCAGCACUGGAAGCAGCCAGCAGGAUCUUAAACUGCCACCCAUCAGAGAGCUAAAUGAGGAGUGGCAGGAAAACGCACUGUUUACUAAUGUGCUGAAGCCUGUGUUGGAUCGGGAUAGGUGGAGCUGGAGCCAGCGCCACCUGGAUUUUGACCUGUAUAAGAAGCCACCACUCUACUUUAAGUUGCCUCGUCUUCCAUCUCCAAAGCGUGCAUCUGGUAGGAGGCGAAAGGCAAACAUUGGGUCUUCCGGACGGCGUUGGCGCAGUCGAGUUGCAUCAAAGCCACUUAGUUCCCCUGAAAGUUCUUCUACGCACCCUCAAGACUUAUUCUCUCUUAGUGACCAUCAUCUGGUACUAAAGACUCUGUCUCGCCUAACCUCUGCAUCUCGUGGAUCUUCACUGGGACUAUACCACCCAAAUCCCACCUUCCACAGCCGUUGGUUUCAUUAAAAUGUAGUAUAAGGAAGGGGCCAUUCUCAGUACCCAUAACCCUGUUACAAAUACACACUGGUUCCAAGAGCAAA